AUGGCGACAUCCCCGCAAAGCCCGCCCAAGCGGCCGAGGUUGUCACUCCAGAUCAGGGCUAUCGCCAACGGCCCUAGUAUGCGAACUUCACGAUGUGUCGCCGCGGCUGUCGACGUCAAGUCGCCCACAUCGUUUAAUACCCUCUCUAAUGUCUACGCCACCGCUGUCGACCGAUCCACGCCGUUACAGGAGAAGCCGCCCACGACCGCCAUCUGCGGCAGGAGGCCGAUGCUUCGACUACAAACCCAAGAUGCUACCCCGAAACCGACCACGGCCAACACCCCUUACCUUGGCCCUUACCUUGAUACGCCCGUCACGGCGCAGGCUAUCUCUCCAGCAGUGGCCAAGCAAGUUUUCUUCCCGAGUGCUAUGACGGCUACGCCACCACUCUCUGCGCAACCCAUUGAGCAGAAUGGCGCCCAGGUGUUCAAUUUUGACGGGACAACCCCCGCGACCGCCUUCCCGCCAGGAACGACAUUACCAGGAUCUGCACCGGCACCAGUACCAGUACAAACGCCAGCGCCAUCACAGGCACCAUCACAGAUCCAGCCGCAGAUGCAAAACGCCAAGAGGCGGACCACGGCGCCGGCUGGGAACAUGAAGUUGCCGUAUACCCACCCGCGCAGCCUCCGUAGUAUCCUCCGCAACUCUCCUCUGCCCCCGCUCAGCAUUAAGUCGCCCGAAUCUCCCAGACGGCAAUCCCUGCGCCUGCAGGAGAAGGCCCUCCGUCGCGUGGCCUACAACAGCCCGUUGACGCAGGAGAUCACUACCAGCUGGUACACCAAAUCGCACAUCGAUCUCCUCGCCGAAGACGCCACACCCAUCUCCCCGUCUGCCUCGUCCUCAGACGGUGGCGACUCGCUUGACCUGGCCAUGGCCGACGCCGCCAGCUGCGACACCACCCGCGACGGAGGGCAGACGCCGGGGCCCUUUGAGGAGAUGCGCCGGCGCAUGGCUAACAUGCAAGCCUCCACGCCCACAGCGCUAUCGCCGACAAGCGGUGGGAUUCGGAAGCGUGGUGGCAAGCGCCGGGAGAAGAAGCGCCGGUGGGUAUGGACGAUUGGGCAGGACGAGGACGCCGAGGAAAACGGUCCAGCGGCCGCCGAGCAGGCCGAGCAGGUGACGGCACAAAAGGUGGCCGCUCCCUCACUCCCGGCUCCGUCGGUCCCCGUUCUCGCCAUGCCUGCUCCUCGGCCGCGAACGCGGAAUCAACAAGCCCAGCUGGCGAAAGCCGUUGCUGCGGCAUCCGACGCUCAGGGGCAGCAGGCGCAACCCCAAGUCCAAGUCCCUCGGCUGUCCAUCCCAUCUCCCCGGGCUCGUGGCGCGGCGACCAGCCUCCCGCGCGGGCCAAAUACCCAACCACCCUCCUCCAUCGGGACUCCCUCGCAGCAGCAGCAACCACAACAACAACCCCAACAACAACAGGAGAACACACCACAUGAUCGCACCCAACGCGAACUAACCCCCAUCCCCUCCUCCCUCCUCCCCACGCGCGCAUCCACCCCGGACUCCCACCCCCCCAGCGUCCGACACCUCACCCCCGACCCCCAUCACCAUCAUCACGCCAUGGACAUCAACAACCUGCACCACCACCUGGACAUGUCCAACACCGCCAUGACAGAACCACCGACACCCAGCAUGGAAUCCACAACCUCUGCUGAAAGCAGCAGUCUCCACAGUAAUAGCACCGCAGGUGACGGAGAUGCGGACGGGGAUGCGGAUGUGGAGAUGUCGGAUGCGAGUAGUUUUACUUCGGUGGAGGAGGAUUCUUGUGAUGAGGGUUCUUUAGGAAGGGGUGGAGGGAAGAAAGCAACGGCGGCGCUGAGGUUUGGACUUGGGUUGGGCCUGUAUGCGCCAGAUGAGGAUACGGAGAUGGAUGAGGGGACGCCUACUAUGACGGCUAGGCCGGUGGGGACGAGGGAGGGACAGGGGUGGGUUCCUUGGAAGGAUGUUGUUUCGUAG